AUGUUAAUCAUUUUAGAUGGAUUGGAUGAACUAUCUGAAAAAUCACGGCACCAUGUAGAUGAGCUGCUUCACAGAAGAAUUUUAGCAUUUUGCUAUGUCUUGGCUACGACACGACAAGAAAGAGGAAUCGGAGUACGGAAAAGCGUUGUCUUUGACUUUCAUUUGGAAUUCAAAGGGUACACGGAAAGUGAUUCUAUUGCUUACAUCAGAAGACACUUUGAAACCAUUGGUCAGUCACAAAAGGGGGAGAAGCUCAUUGAGGAAAUGCAACAGAACACCUUUCUACAUGCACUUCGAAAUAACCCCCUAAAUUUACUUCUCCUUUGUGUUGUUUAUGAAGACUACGAGGGAAAAUUGCCGAGUUCCCGGACAGAACUUUACCAAGUCAUUGUGCAAUGUCUUUUAAGACGAUACUGCACCAAACGCAACCGGCCCGCCCCUGAAGAUGACAGUGUCUUAGAGAAAAUGUUUGAAAAGGAAAUUCUUGCACUUGGAGAGCUUGCUGGGUUAUGCCUGCUGAGUGAUCGUUAUGGUUUCCGUGAAACUGAAUUGGAUGAGUUUGAAAAAAGAUACCCGGGAUUGGUAGCCCGUGAGCUAGGACUUCUUUACAAGGAAGAAAGUCUAAAGAGACUGAAGCCUCAACAUGAGUACUGCUUUCUUCACAAGACCUUCCAAGAGUACAUGGCUGCCGCGUAUAUUGCAGAGAAGUUAGAAAAUCAACAGUUUAAUGUAUUUAAGCACCUCCACAUAAGCUUUCAUGACAUUUUAACGAAAUAUCCACAAGUGUUUAUUUUUGUUUCUGGUAUGCUGGGCGAGAAAGCUACGGUUCUUUUCACCCAGAUUGGAGAGGAGUUAAAGAAGUCAUAUGACCGGAAUUGGAACGAGCGUUGCGAUGAGAAGACUGCUACUUUCUUUAUUCAAAUCUUUAGUGAGAGUGGACAUCCUGAACAAACGGCACCUGCUCUUUGUAACAUUAUACCUUUUCCAAAGGUCAUCACUUCCAAGCUAAUAGACAAUUACAAUGCGUCUUUUAUUCAGGUUUUAAGGGCUUGCAGAAGCUUUUCAAAUUUACAGAUACCUGUUGAACUCUAUGCUGAUAUUGGCUGGGAGAGAAGAGCAAUUAACGUAGUAAAUUAUAUGGAAUCCUACCCGGCGCAGCUGACAGUCGUAAGUUUUCGUGUUCAUGAUCUGGGAUCUUUGACGUCAUCUGAUGCAGUUCGUCUUUGCAAAUGGUUUUCUGCAAGAAAGAGCUUAUCAGAGUUUACUCUUCAAUACAUAUCUUAUGUACCUCCUAACAUAUGUGAGCUGCUUGUUCAAAUUGGCCAUGGGUUGGCUUCAUGUCGAACUCUGACAAAAGUAACGUUUGCUUUGCCUGGAUAUGCUUAUAACGAGAGUUUUUUCAAUGCGUUAGAAACUGGAUUGACAACGCUGUCGUCUUUUAAUCUCGAGCUAUGGGGCUCAAUGAAGUAUACUGCGACACGAGCCUUACAAAAUUUUUUGUCGAAUAAAUUCUUGAAUUCUCUUUCUCUUUAUAUUGUUGGAGGUGUGCUGGAUUUGUUAGUCUCUGCUGUCAGUCAAGCACUUGAAAGACAAACAGUUUUAAAAUCUCUUUAUCUACAUCUCGUUGGACCGCUGUGUUGCUCUAGUGCCAGUUUCCUGGAAAAAGGGCUUAUGGAGAAUGGUUCUUUGAAUUAUAUAAGACUGUGUGUCCACGAUGAGCUCCCUGGUAACUGGCAUUCUGUUGUGGAAAAUCUUCGCUUGGCGAAAAAGUCCCCAGUGUGCUAUUCCAUUUAUCCAAACACCUUUAACAACGUAGCGAAUGAUUGUUUUCGUCCUGUUCUGGUUAGGAAAGGUUUAAAGCAACACUUAACUGUUAACGUCUUGGGUGAGAUGAAAUGCGAAGCGGCAGAAGCUCUUUGUGAAGUCUUGGCGCCUUCAUCCAUUACUGUUCUCAUCUUAAACGUGCGUGGAAAUUUAACAAGCGAAGUUUCUAAUUCCAUUGCAAGAUCUCUGGAAGAAAACAGGACACUAUCUUCCCUGUCUAUCAAUAUAUGGGGCGACUUGACAACAGAGGGAGGUAUUGUUCCUUCCAGCCUUUCAAAAAACAGUCGCGUUCAGUUAAAUAUUCAUGAUGUGCGUAUAGGUCCAGCUGAGUCAAACAAUUUUCUUGUUAUCACUACUGAUAACCCUGCGGCAGUGAGAGUUUUUUUCACUAAAGUCAAGGACAGAAGAAAAGAAAAAGUCAGUCUUACAAUCAAUAACGAUAGUUGUGUUACCAAAGAGUGGACAUGUUAUCUAGGUGAUGCUUUGGCAGAAAACACAUCUCUGACCACGCUUGAUCUUACAGUCAACAGCUGCUUCGUGGAUGCAGAUUUGGGAGAGAACCUUGGGAAUAGUUUAUUACAAAGCACUUCCUUAACAUCUCUUAGUCUCAGAUUCAACUUCAGUAACAUGAAAGAAGGAUGGGAGUGCAAACUGGGUGAGCGUUUGAUCAAAAUGUCGUCGUUAACUUCACUCAGCCUUGAACUAAAUGACUCCAGUGAGGAGAAUCAGGAAAAUUGUUUGAGUCCUACACUUACCCUUGACGAUGGUGAGGAGAAUCAAGAGGAUUGUUUGAGUCCUACUAAACUGAGUAACGUGCUAGCGGCAGUCCAAUCAUUAUCUUCCCUUUCUAUUGCAAUCCAUAGUGAUAGCAUGUGUUCAUUUUGGGAUAAGGUUGUUGGUGACUGUGUGAUAAAAUGCACGUCACUUAAGAAACUUAGUCUCACAUUGAACGGGGGUAAAUUAGACUUUAAUUCCGUUUUUAGUGGCCUUUGUGAGGGCUUGGUGACAACAAGCUCAUUAAAUACAUUAUGUGUCGCAAUUUUUAUUAACGACCCCAAUGAUAGGGUUUUUUCAAGUGUGUUGCAUAGUCUUAAUCAAGGUCUGUCAUUAAACUCGUCAAUAACUACACUGACACUAACAGUAACUGUGGCAGAUAAAACAGGUUAUAUCGGUGAGAAGAUCAAUUUAGAUCAUGGACUGUCAGUGAACACGUCAAUAACUACGUUAAAUGUCGUAAUAAAUGAGUGUGGUGUUGGAGUAUCGCUUAUUCCGGGGAUUUUACGCGCGUGUGGAGUGUUUGAAGGUUUGGCAAAUAGCACAUCAGUUACCACAUUCAAUCUGACACUCAACAGUAGCCAAGAAGUAAGUGAUGUCUGGUUAGCAGGCCUUUCCUACACCUUGAAGAAAAACACCGCAUUAACUACUCUGAGAUUAAAAGUCAGCAACCAUUGUGCUACAGGUAAAAGUCGUCUAUAUGACUUCAGCAAACUUUUAAUAGGAAGCAGAUCAUUAUCCCUAAUUGAACUUGAUGUAAGUUUCUAUGGAAAAGAGAGUGGGUGUCAUAAGGUUUUAAUUCAAUAG